AUGAGAGGAACAAAAGCGGUUUGGGUAAAAGCACGUUCGUCAACAAAUCACCUUGUCACCGGAGCGUCUCAACAAAAGGACGCCAUGGGCGCUUUAUUUAAAGUCUUACUCUUGACAUGGGCAGCAGGCAUAUGGACACCGGCUACCGGACGCGGGCUAUACACAGAAAAUGACCCAACUGCCCUCUUGGACGAGAAUAAUUUUAACACCACGGUUUUUCGUUCUCCGAGUGCUUGGCUUGUGGAGUUUUAUAUGGACUGGUGUGGGCAUUGCCAGCGAUUUGCUGCAACUUGGAAUGCUUUGGGACGUACCGUUCAAGAUUGGUCCAGUGUCAUAAAGAUAGGGGCUGUUAAUUGUGCAGAAGCCAUAAAUAGAGCUUUGUGUCAGAGAAAUGGCGUCAUAUUUGUGCCAACUUUAAAGUUUUUCCAACAGGAUGCCAGUGCUAGUGACAAUUCCCCAUAUUAUGAUGGAAAAGAAGAAGCCAGCCUUAUUAGGAGUGCUAUGCUGAAGUUUCUCAUCAGUCAUCCGAAUGCCAGCAAUAUAUGGCCCUUUUUAUUCCCAUUGCAAUCUCCAGUGGACGUUUUGACAGAGGGCAGCACGGGAGGAUAUCUGAAGGCAGUCAUAGUAGAGGCUAAUGAAAAUGACACACUGGCUAUGGAAGUCAUUCUGUCCAUGUUGCCAGACAGGAGAGUGACUGUUAGAAGGCUUGUUGGAGGGAGAGAUGUCACAGAGUUCCCGUCUAUGUACCAGGUCUUACAGAAUGGGAGGCAGCGACUUUUACUCAGUGGUAAGAAUGACACUGGCAGUUACAUCUCAUUGUUGAAACAAGUUGCUGGGGAAACGAUUGCCUCUACAACACCUCGACCUACAACUGAACGGGUUACAACAAUUAGCAGCAAAGAAACCAGGCCUAGAGUUUACAUGCAAGAUCUGGAGUCUGGGUUGCACUUUGCCUUUACCCAGGAGGUCCCCCUGCACAGCUCGUUAAAGGACGGAGACUUGGAAAACUUGAAAGCCUUCAUUGAUGUGUUAGCUAAGUACUUUCCUGGGAGGCCCCAAGUCCACCUGUAUCUACAAAGACUGAAUAACUGGCUGCAGGGACAGAGUAUGGUGUCAGUUGACCAGUGGUUAAAUCAGCUGAGUAAACUGCAGAGCCGAGAGGCCUCCCUGCCCGACACCACCAAGUGGGUGGGAUGUAAGGGAAGUGCUGACAACUACAGAGGUUACCCCUGCAGCUUGUGGACACUAUUUCAUACACUUACAGUUAAUGCUGCUGCAGUAAACAAGUACAACAGCAACUGGGAGCCAGCAGAAGUUCUGGUAGCUAUGAAUGGAUACAUUCAAAGCUUUUUCUCCUGCCAUGAAUGUGCUGAAAAUUUUGGUCUUAUGGCAGCUGGGAUCACAACUGGUGAGACAAAUAAGGCGUAUGGAAUUAUGUGGCUUUGGGAAGCUCACAAUAAAGCUAAUAAGCGUCUGCAUGAGGACAUUACUGAAGAUCCAGCUUUUCCUAAAAUCCAGUUCCCUUCCUACUCGGCCUGUCCUAGCUGUCACAUGACCAUCCCAGCAACCAAUCAGGACAAGCCUGUCUGGAAUAGACCUGGUGUGCUUCGUUUCUUGCAGAAGAUGUAUGGAAAAGAGAACAUUGUUCAGGAUACUGUUCCAGUUGCUUCGACCAGCAGAGCACAAACCAAGACAACUAAUCCAUUGAUGUACAUGUUCAUUUUUGUGCAUUGACUACAGGCAUGGUGAGGGGUAUAUUUUUGAUAGAGUGAUGAACCAGUUUGGGUUUAUGUUUAGGUGACAUCACAAGCAGUUUCAUGUUUGAAAGUCCAGCAUUAUUUUGUUAAUGUCUCUUUGCAUAGCUGCAGGCUUUAUGAUUCACUCUGUGACUAGUGCUUUGUGGAGAAUGCAGUCUACAGAUUGUUUCUCCUACCAAAAAUAAAAUACUGGAAAAAUUUUAUCUUAUGGUAAUGUUUAAAUGCGAAUUGAAUGAGUUACUUUCAUCAGACUGGAUGACCUAGAAGGAGAAAGCUUUGCUAGAAUGAGAGAACAUACAUCUCAAGCUGAGGAAAACAUGGCACUGUAUGGUUAAUCAUGAGAGUGUAGGAAAGUUCCUUUUGAAUGAGCAAAUGCCAAAGGACAAGAGGGUUGGCUAUAUCAGACAGAAUGAAAUUGUGAAGAAAUCAAUUCAGCAACAGGUCAAAUGAAGUUUCUUUAUUUGUUAAUUUAUAUAAACACAAACACAAAAAGGUUUAUCACUGUUUCAGAACAAACCCCUCACUUUAUCAGAAGUGGACUAAGUCAGUUAUGACCUGAGAACAUAUGAUGUAUCUGUCAACAUCAUAAACUAUUAGGGCAUGGUUUACAUAUGAUGGUUGCUUUUUACAGUUGUAGAUGAAGACUGGAUUGCAUUCAUGUGGUGUAAUGCAUGGUGCUGUCAGAGCAUUCUACAGACCAAUGUAUUCUGCUUUUAUGUUUUUUAUGAACGAGACUAGAGUCUGUCUCACAUGUACUUAAAUGUAUCUUGUAUGAGUGUACGUGUUUCAAUUUUGGUGCAAAAUGUUUUUGAAGUUUGAAAAUUUGAAUUGGUGCUUUGAAUAUAUACAGGUAUAUACAUAUAUAUUGUUUUUUAUCUUUUAUUUUUAAGAAAAGUAUUUUAAAAAGAUGCAAUGUAGUUUUGGUAUUUAGCAGUACAUAAAGGGACAAAGUAUAAGAUUUUGCUGUUUCAUGUUAAGUCUGUACACCACUUAUUAUUAAAUUGAUCUGAGGACAAAUAAUACUUAUUGAUGUCACCAAAUUUUAUAAUCUAAUUUAUCGCCUCCUGACAUAACUCGCCACCUGUCAACCAUGUUGACAGUUUUGAAUCCCCCCCCCCCCCCCACCGAAUUUGAAGGUAUGGUUUUAUUUGAAAAUCCAUGCUUAAGGUUAAAGACUUUCAUUUUCCCAUAUUGUUAUUGUGUAAUGGUGAUUGUCAGAAAAGGAAGAACAAACUUUAGGUUGUUUAGUCACAGAAACUAAGUUUGAUUUUUUUUCAAGAAUAUGUUACACUGUGCAUUCCUAAGUUUUCAAGAAGUAAUUAAUGCUUUGUGUUCCUGUAUAAGAUAUACAGUGUAAACACUGCUCUGUGUUCCUUUAUAACAGCAAUGCAAACCCAAAUAAUAUUUUCAAUAUGAAACAUUUGUUGUAUUAAAAAAAUGUGCCAAAUUUAAGUGAUAUGAAUUGUAGAUGCACUACUUGUUAUACAUCUUUAAAAAGAUGUUUUUCCACUUUGCAACUUUUUGUUUGAAAGCCAUUGUCACAGUACGUAACAUUAUGUGCCAAGUAUUUUAACAUUGCCAAAAUAGUUUUACUUCCACUUUAUAAUAUACAACAAUAUUUACAGAAAUGGAUAUAUGUAUUUGCUUCAGCAAAUAUUAAAUAUACACAUAUUGCAAAACCUC